AUGGCUCGGAACGCUUUCGCCACUUUCAUACCUCUCAGCAUUGAGUCCGAUGCGCGUAGUAAGAUAAUUUUCGACUUUUUCGAUCUUAUGGCUGCAGUAGCUGCCCAUGGAAAAACCAAUGGUAUGGGCGGCAGAAAACUUUCGAGGUUCGCGGGAUGGUGGGCUUUCGAACAUACAGACGAAAAGAACGGUUUUGAUGGUGGUUACAAAUCAUGGUCGAAUGCUGCUGAUGCUACGGGCCAUCUUUUCUUCGCAUAUCUGCGAUCCCUUUCCCCAGAUUCCGUGCGAGGCAUCAGUGGUGUCUCCACUUUGCCACUUUCACUGCAAACGCUGUUACAGGAGACAAAAUACCCACCAGAACACCUUGCUCAUCAUUCUUCUUCAAAAGUGGUCAUGGUCGUUGACUCGAUAUCUCCCACGCCCUUCGCUCUACUUCGACGAGCGAAGAAUUUCGAGUACCGUGACGACGACCGUGUAUUGCAAGCGUUUUCGAAUUAUGAUGAUCCUGUACAGGCGCUUAGCGAUGAAUGUCGAAGGGUGCUUAAGAGCAUCUCAUCUGUCAACGAGUCAAAUGCUACUACAACCAAGGCGUCCACGAGUCUCGGCGAUACAUCGUGGUCAAGAUUCGAGGAUAUGGGAUUCGGAGCCAUUGCCGAAGACGAUGAUGAGCCCGAGACAACAUUAGGGCAUUCACGAAAGACAACUCAAACAUUGCGUUCCGCGCCGCAAACAAAGGGAAACGACAUGGGAAGACCAAUUACGCCUUCUUGGGCAGACUUCCUCAAUUCUGGCUUUACUGAUGAGCCAGCGAGCCCUGCCCCUCGCCCACUCAUAUUGCCACCAGACAAGAUUCUCCCACCUAUCGAUCUAGACUCAAAAAGAGGCAAGAGUUCGCAGUCACACGUAAGGAAGCGAGAUGGCGUGGAUUUAGAGCCUGGUGAACUGGCCAGUAUCAAUGCUUUGCAACUCGACAGUGCAUUCUGGUGGGUUUGGAUCUCGAGUCUUGCAGGUGAAGAAACCCUCGAACGGAAGGCUGUUUUCGGAAGAUGUGCACUUGUCGAGACUGUCAUUGGCAAUGCUUGGCUCGUCAUCGAAGAAAUGGUCAAAGGCGCAGCUCCUGAGCCCGAGAUCGGAGCUUACAUUGCCGAAAAGAAGAGUCGAUUUACAUUUGGAAAGAAGAGAAAUCCGGCAAGGUCCAGGUCUUUAACCAGAAAGACACAAGCGCCCAAGUUUGACUCAACCUUGCGCAACGGUCAGGCAUCUCCUGCCAGCAAGACUUCAAUCGGACGUGACCAGCAUGCGAAAAUUCAAGCUGCGGCUGCGGCGUUGCAGGAGAAGCAACGACAACAAGAGAACGGGGGCGUCAAUGAUACUCAGCUUAGUCCAAGACGAGCUAGAGGUGGGGAUGCCAUGUCAACUAAGACGAACAGCGUUUUCACUUUACAACCUGUCAUCAUGAGUGAAGCUGCUCCUGCAAUGAAAUGGGCAACUAGCUACGAUAAGAAAGAGGUUCGUGCUCGAUAUCUUGGGAGCGAGCUUGCUGGGAAGGGAUCGACGGUGGACUUGGGCGCACUUGGUGCUACUAUGGCUACAGCGAACGGAUCAACUUCUCCCAAACCACCAGCUCCGGUCCCAAAAGACACUCUUCCAAACGAUUAUGGCUUUUCGAAGGAGGCGCCGAAAGCUGCGUCAGUCCCCCUGCCACCCGAGACCCCUGGAGAGCGAUUGCAGGCUCCAAAGAGUGCUCCACCACCAAUCCCCUCAGCACCUUUACCAGCUGUCCCAGCGACUCAAGUGGCCAAUCAGGUCGCUGCCGAUGCAGCGGAGGUGCCUCUUCCUCCGGCAGAGCAUGAAGGCUUGGAAAGGAUUGAUACAGUCACAGACCAGAAUCAAGAGACUCUAUCGCCUGAAUCAUCCCCUGAGAGUAAACGCACAGGCAAACUUCGCAAGAAAGAAGGCCGCAACUUCAAAGGCUUCUUCGGAAAGAAAAAGGCACCGCAGUCAACGCCUCCACCACCCAAACCCUCCGAUCCGCUUGCUGCCGCCGCCGCCCGCGCAGCUCUGUCUCCCAAGCCAACGACAUACCAGGGUUCGAACUCUAUAACACGUAGACUAUCACGAAUGGGUCGCAAGGACCAAUCAGCGGCAGCACCUCCUGUGCCUGCAGCGCAAGCUGACGAACCUCUUCAGCCACCUCAGGCACCAUUCAAGGACGAGUAUGACUCACAAGUCAGCCUGUCUCGUGUAGACAGCAAUGAGCAACGAAAAGCCGAUCGGGAAUUUCCAAAAUUCGAUCAAGGCCCGCUGGCUGACCAGCCCGCCUUCGUACCAAACGAUAGUCCUGUUCAUCACGCGGCGUCCCCUCCUGCUGAAUCCCCGUCUGUGUCACGACCUUCCACUGCGGAGCCAGUGGGCGCUCAUUAUGAACCCCCAAUCACUAAAGGUGGCGAGUAUGAGCCGAGCCUUUCCUCUGCGGGCGAUACCCUAGAGGCGACAACAUCUAAUGACGCCGAAGACCGCUGGGCUCAGAUAAGACGAAACGCUGCUGAACGAGCUGGCAAAGCCAAUGCCGAUGAUCAAGCUACCGCUGGAAGGAAGAGUGCAGAGAGUAAUGGCGAUGGCGAUGGCGAUGAGAGCGCCGAAGAGACUAUCGAAAGUCGCGUUGCACGCAUCAAAGCCCGCGUCGCCGAGCUGACUGGCAACAUGCAAGGUCCAGACGGCUCACAAUCGAUGAAACCUGGCACCACGACAACGUACACAGCAUCGUCGUAA